AUGAACACAGACAUCACAGCAUCCACAAAACCAGAGUACCCAGUAAUCGAUCGCAACCCUCCAUUCACCACCGUCGUCGGAAACUUCAACACCCUCGAUUAUCUCCGUUUCGUUACCAUCACCGGUGUUUCCGUCACCGUCGGCUAUCUCUCCGGGAUUAAGCCUGGAAUCAGAGGACCUUCAAUGGUAACCGGUGGAUUGAUUGGUGUCAUGGGUGGAUUCAUGUAUGCUUACCAGAAUUCUGCUGGGAGAAUUAUGGGUUUCUUUCCCAAUGACGGUGAGGUUGCCCGUUAUAACAAGAAAUGA